AUGGCAUCCGUACCCGCACUUCGCAAGGCACUUGCUUACUUUGAGGAACCCGCCCGCGGGCCGAUUCCUGUGGACAUCUAUGAGGCUCAGUACUGGGAGAUGGCAGGGGCACAUGCGUGUCUGAUGAACGGGCUACUGAACGUGUACCAACAAGCGACAUCCGUACCCAAAGAGAAAGAGAAAGACUUCGUUGGCUAUGUUCUCCAAUGGGUAGCAGCUCUAGAACACCAUCAUCAUUGGGAGGAGAACAUCUAUUACCCUCUCUUCAAUCCGAAGUUCGACACUUCCUCUAUUGUGGCGGAACACGCGACCUUCACGGAGGGCAUGCACAAGUUCGAGCAGUACCUCGUUUUUUGUCUCCCUUCGGGCGAGAAGUGGGGAUACGACCAGGUCGCGGGACCUCACGAUCAACAACCCUACGAUGGUGAAAGGCUGAGAACGCUCGUGGAUGCAUUCAUUGAGCCUCUCACGAAGCACUUCAUGCAGGAGAUCACGUACCUCGAACCGGCGAAGCUUCGCGCGUCCGGGUUGGCGGAAACGGAGGUCAAGCACAUCGCCGACGUCAGCACCCAACAUAUGAAGGAGAUGCCACCGACAACGUUCCUCGUUUACACGAUUAUACACUCACCACCAACGUCCGGCUUCCCACCCGUCCCAGGGCUCGUCAAGUCAUUCUUGGGGCCAUACGUGCUCUCGUUGCCCAACAGACGUUAUUGGCAAUUCGCCCCGAAGAACGGUGUUUGCUAA